AUCCUCCCUUCUUCCUCCUCCUUACUCCGCCGCCAUGUUCCAUUCUUCGUACUCGUCCUCCACCUCUCCACCCUCUUAUAACGCUGGCGCCGCCUUCACCACGUUCCUCGAUGCUGGCGGCGUCGGCGGAAACCAGCCGCCGCCGCUUUCUCUUCUCUCCUCUUCCUUCCCUUCCUCGUACUUCCUCCAACGGAGCAGCAGCUCCCACUCCCUUCCUCUACCCUCAACCGCAGCCGACCCCCGCGAUUUUCAUGGCUUCCACACCGAGCCAGUUCGCCGCGUUUUCAGUGCCGGUGAUCUACAGUGCAUGAACGGCUCCAUUGCCUCCGCGGACUCUUCUCACUCCGAUGCUGCCGGCCGAAUCGGGCGAUACAGUGCGGAAGAGCGCAGGGAGAGGAUCGAGAGGUACCGAACCAAGCGCAACCAAAGGAACUUUCACAAGAAGAUCACCUACGCUUGCAGGAAAACCUUAGCUGACAGCCGGCCCAGAGUCAGGGGGCGGUUUGCAAGAAAUGGCGACACAGAGCAUGAAACGGAGGCCGAAACAGAGUCGAUGGAAAGCGGCUUUGAUAGCUGGAAUGCGUACGGCGUUAACGGAGAUAAAAUCGUCCCUGGCGCCGGAGAAGGUGGUGGAGACUGGUGGAGACAAAUGCAAGCGGCUUUGGUGACCACCGAUGAGGAGGAGAGUGGAUAUGAUGAGGAUAUUUGGGCAAGCUUUGAGAGUGUUUUCGCCAUGAACUAGAGCAGUGAACUCUCUUAAUGACUUAAUGUGAAGGAAGGAUUAGGGGUUAAUUGACAUGAUUAGCAGUGCUUAGUUUCUACUAGCUAUGAUAAAUUAAAGUUGUUUUAUAAGCAGAAGGAGAAGAGCCUGACUGAGGCUACGUAAUCUCCCUUCCAUUCUUUCUCUUAUUGCAACUUUCUACUUUAA